AUGGCCUUCCAGUAUGUGCCCCGGUUCUACCGGUCGUGUCUGUUCCAGAUUAUCAUUGUUGGGCUGGUCGCCUUCUGCGAGCCUGGGAUUUGGACGGCGCUGAACAAUCUGGGAGCUGGAGGAAAUGCCAAACCCUACUUGAAUAAUGCGGCCAAUGCCCUGACAUUCGGACUCAUGUCCGUCGGCUGUUUUCUCGCUGGUGGUGUUUCCAACAAGAUCACUGCGAAGUGGGCGUUGUUUAUCGGAGCAGCGUUCUAUACUCCCUAUGCAGCCGGCCUGUACUGCAACAAUCGGUAUGGGAACGAGUGGUUUCUCCUGCUUGGAGCUGCGCUUUGCGGAGUUGGAGCGUCUCUGCUCUGGGCCAGUGAGGGCGCGAUUGCAGUUGGAUAUCCGGAGGAGGAGAAGCGAGGACGAUAUGUCGCAAUCUGGAUGGGAAUCCGACAGAUGGGACCGCUGGUCGGUGGCGCGAUAUCGCUCGCUCUCAAUGUCAACACGGCGCAUACUGGUAAGGUCUCAUACACGACAUAUCUCGGGCUCGUCGCUAUCUCGGCGCUGGGUGCUCCGUUUGCACUGCUGCUGUCGCAACCUCAAGAUGUGGUCAGAAGCAACGGCACCAAAAUCCCAUACAUGAAGAGGACGAGUGUUGCCAUUGAGUCGCGCGCUAUCUGGAAGCAGCUCAAGAACAAGUACAUGCUGCUCCUGAUCCCCGUUUUCCUGGCCGGCCAGUUUGGUUCCACGUAUCAGGGGAAUUAUUUGACGACGUACUUCACCGUCCGGUCGAGGGCUCUCGCGUCGUUCCUAACAGCAGUCGUUGGCGUCGCAGCGAACAUGAUAACAGGCAUAGUCCUCGAUCUGAAAUUCGUAUCCCGAGACACGCGGUCUAAAUUCGUCUACGUCGUCGUCCUCGUCUUCGUCACUGCAGCCUGGACCUGGAACGCGAUCGUGGAGACAAAGCUCUCGCGCAUGGCAGAACCGCCAGCCUUCGACCUGGGCGAUGGGCCCUUCUUCAACUCCGCGUUCACGGUGUACAUGUUCUUCCGGUUCUUCUAUGAGGUCCUCCAGACGUAUAUCUAUUGGCUGAUGGCCGAGAUCAAGGGCGCGCAGGCGGAUGGCGACAUUGCGAGGACGACUGGGAUCCUGCGCUCGUGGGAGUCUAUCGGCAGCACGAUUGCCUAUGCGGUCGGCGCGACGCAUUGGCCGAACUUGAACCAGAUGAUUCUGGGCUUUUCGCUCUGGGGGCUCACUAUUCCGUUUACCAUACUCGCGGUGUUUGGCAAUUGGAAUCGUUCGGAGCCGAUUGAGGACGAGGAAGAGGACAGGGAGGCAGGCAGCAGCAGCGUCGAGGAGCAGUCGGUGAUUGUGAAUCCGCAGGGCAAGGAUUAG